GAGCUCCGCCGUGGCGGCGGACGUCCUCAAUGAGCUGAGGCCAGGCCGCGUCAGCACCUUCAACUAUGGCGACGGCUGCGGCAUCUGCCACGAGCGCGAGCGGCCUGCGAGGCAGUGGACCCGCCUCACGCCCGAUGGACACAUCUACGACGAGGAGAUUGCUAGCGGCGCGGACGGGGACGGCCCUGAUAAGGCGUCACUGACCCUCGGCGCCGCCCCUGCUCGGCAGCGGUCCUCGGGCUGCGUCUACCGCUUCCGCACCUACCCCUCGGAGUCCGAGCUGCUGGACAUGGUGCAAGCUGCUUGGCGUGAGGCGCGGGCCUCGGUGGUGGAUGUCGCCGAGCUGUCCAGGUACGUGCGGAACGGCGGGAUGCGAGAGGGCUUCACCACGGUCAGCUUCGGGGAGGUGCCCAGCUUCUCUCGGCGACCAACGGGCGACGUCGUCUGGGGUGAGAGCCGCUUUCACAGGCUGCAGUCUGGGGCCAUCGUGCCCAUGGAGCUGGUUGGCCCUGUCCCUCCCGUUCGGCACGAUGGUGAAGGGGGCGACGAUGUUCGUGCCCUGGGCCCACCCACCAGGAACCGUGAGGGACGACGCCACCUCGAUUUCCGCGAGUCGGUGGUGCAGAUGUGGCAGGAGGCGCUCGACGUUUCCCCGCGGACGAGGGAGCGGAGCUACAAGUGGCUCUGCGAGUGCAUCGUCGGGCACGGCGCGGCUCGCGACGGCCGCCAGACCCAGUGGAUAAGCAAGAACGGCUGCACAGGGGACUCGGCGGCGGGUGAGCUUCACGACCUCCUCUGGCUCGCGGUUGAGUUCGCCCAGACCUACGACCAGGUCGACGGCUCAGACCAGGCCUGCUUGGAGAUGGAUGCUGGGACAUACCAGCUUAUCGAGGCGACCAUACACAGCGUGAAGAUCGAUGGGGCCGAGCUCUACGUCGGCCGCCUGCAGCAGAGUGCUCGCCGCUGGGACACCGUUGCGACAGACCCGGUCACGCGCGCGCACGAGCAGCCCGCCGAGGAGUCCAAUAUCCAGAAGCAGAGGGGGUAA